AUGGCCGCCGUCUUCCCGCUGAAGAGCGAUUCCGCUUCCCUGGGCGCGCGCGUGCGUGGCGCGAGCGGGCGAUUGUUCGGCGCGCAGCCGAGGGCCAACGGGGAAUUCGGCUUCCACACGGCGCGCGAGUGCCACGCAUGGGAACUCGGUCUACGGAACGGCGCUGCACAGGCGGGGGCGGAGCACGCGGGCGGCAGGGUUGCCAAACAGGCCUUUUUGAACCUCACCUUUUUUUGGAGGGGGGCGGGGGGGGCGCACGGAACGGAGAAUGACGAUGCUGCGGAGUAG